CUUACUUUAUGGCCAACUUUAAUCUGUGACGCAAACACGUACACAGGGGGGAAAAAAGCUCAUAAUUGUUGAUGCUAGCUGGAGCGGCGAAUCGUGACUGGGAAGUUUCAGCCUCCCCGGCAUUUCUAGCUGAACAGACGGAGAAUCAGCUUGAGACAACUUACCCCCAAAUCGGCCAAAACUUGAGAGGAAUUUGUCUUGUGAACCAAACGCGGAAGCUAACCAGCAUGGACGCUUCUUCGGCUGCAAGGAUUGUCGUCUUUCUGCUCACAUUACAAGCUGUGGCAUCCGCGCCGUAUUAUGGCAAAGAGAUCGGCCAGUUCAGCACCAGAUUCCACCUGGUGUCAGGGACCGUGUAUGCUGUGGAUGAAACAACCGUCAUGAUUCGAGGAUUCAACUACGAUGGCCUUGGCCCUGAUGCCUUUUUCUGGGUCGGAACCACUGACUCUCCAAGUUCCACUGGACAACCAAUCUAUCUCGAUUCCAGUCAAAGCAAACUGGGAGCAUACAGUAAUGCAGAGGUGGUGAUUUCCAUGCCAACGGGCCAGAAGAUCACCGAUUUCAAAUGGCUGUCGGUGUGGUGUAGGAUGGCCGCCGCCAAUUUUGGAGAAGUGAUCAUCCCGCCUGGCUUUGUGUUGCCGGCCGCCCAUGACUUGGGUCCGCUGGUAGGCACGCAGCAUGAGGUCAGUGCCAAAAAGGUCGUCAUCCUUGACUCUCGCACCCUGCGCUUUGAGAAACUGGUUUACGACGGCAACGGUCCGGAUGCCUACUUCUGGGCCGGGGUAACCGAAAUACCGGAUGAGAAUGGUUUUGCACUGACAUGGAGAGAGGGCAACAACCAAGUCAUCCCCCGGGCGUUCGCCAACGAGACGUUCAUCGUCAAAAUCCCCCCGCCCCGUACCGUCUACGACAUAUCGUACGUGGGGCUGUGGUGUCACCUAGCGAAAGCGGACUUUGGCCACAUCAAGAUCAACGGCUCGGAGCUGAACGUGCCGGCGUCCCUGGGCACGCAGGGCAUGGACUACCACGGCCAGCUGAUUGGCGAGUUCGUCACGCUGGACCACGGGGUGGAGGGCACGGUGUAUGCCGUGGACCAGAGACGAAUCAUGCUGCGAGACUUCAGCUACGAUGGAUCAGCUCCAGAUGCCUUUUUGUGGGCGGGUGUCAGUGAUUUACCCAGUGUAAUUGGAACGCCGUUGUACCUUGAUAACAGUCGCGAGCCGUUAGGAGCGUAUGGGGACAGCGUCCUCGUUGUUGAAUUGGAGGAGGGGACCAAGAUCACCGACUACAAAUGGCUGUCCGUCUGGUGCCGGACCUUCCAGGUCAACUUUGGUUACCUGAACAUCUCAGCCAGCCUCUCUCUACCGGACAAGUAUAACCUGGGUGCCUUGCCCACCAAGGCCCAUGAUGUCAAAGCUGACGCCGUCUACAUUCUGGACGCCAAGACCUUCUUCUUUGUCAAUUUCUUCUACGAUGGCGCUGGACCAGAUACUUAUUUUUGGGCUGGAAAAACAGUGGAUCCGGAUGCAAAUGGCUUCCCGCUUAUAUGGAAAACCGGUGACAACCAGAUAAUUCCAAGUGGCACGGUGUUCAGUGGGGAGAACGUUACGGUCCGCAUGCCCCCCGAUAUGACGGUGUUUGACAUCACCUACGUCAGUGUAUGGUGUCAGCAGGCCAAGGCGGACUUUGGCUCCAUCAAGUUCAACCCUGACGUCCUGAACAUUCCACCGUUCUUGGGCAGGGACGAAAUGUCGGAGUUGCCCAACUGCGCGGUGAUGAUCGACGACGAAUUCCAGGCCAGCUGGAUGGUCAGUGGGUCAAGCAUCACGGUCCGGCUGAGCGGCCGGGUCGCCAAGGGUCAGUACCUGGCCUUCGGGAUCAGCGGCUCCACCACGCGGACCCUGAUGGACGGCUCGGACGUGGCCGUGGUCUGGGAGAAAGAAGACGGAAGCACCGGCGUGGUGGACUACAAUCUUCAUUCCAAACAGCAGUGCACCUUGAGAGGUGACGAGCGAGUCGGUGCCUGUGAAGACACGGCUUUCGGCGGGACGGAAAAUGUCGACUUUGUCGCUUACUCGGAUGUCGACGGUAUCAAACACUUCACGUACACUCGUCUGCUUGACACAGGAGAUUCCAUCGACAAGGUUAUUUUGACAGACCAAGAGAUGUACAUCUCGUGGGCCUUGGGAUCAAUUAACCCGGACGGCAGGGUAGCCAAGCACAUCAAGGCACCUCUUGGGGACGUGAAGCUGAACUUUGGCAGUGCCUCGUCCUCCUGUCCACCGUUCAAGUUGACACUGACGCCGCCACCGGAUCGGCCGGGCUGGCCCAAGCAACGCAUCAACCUGGAAGAGGAGCUCCGCGUUGAGAUCGGGCAGAACGGCGGGAAAAGGGGCUACGAGUCCGUCACAGGUAAAGUCGGCUGGGGUAUUGCCUGGUACGUCAACGGUCGUCUGAUCCCAGAGAUCCACGUCGUGCGCGGCGUCAAUUAUACUUUCACUGUCUUCGGGGGCGACGAUCCGGACCAGUCGGCCAGAUAUCAUCCCUUCUACCUCACCAACGACACAGUGGGAGGGUACGCACAGCAGACUGAAGACGAGAAACGGUAUGUUGCGAUCUACUCUGGACCACACACUGGGCCUUACUGUGAGUGGAAGGUCAGGGUACCCGGCACCUCUCCAGAUCAAUACAACAACUUCGCCGAGUACAAGGCGAGUCUUGUUCUGGCUUGCGACGACCCAAACGCAGCGGGCACGACGUUCUCUUGGAUGCCAGAUGCCAAUACACCGGACGUUGUCUACUAUCAAUGUUACACCCAUCGGUUUCUGGGCUGGAAGAUCUUUGUGACAGACGAAGCAGUAACCCUGCAGCCCACUACCCUGCCGCGGGUCGAAGAAACUCAGCCUCCGAUGAUGACAACCAAAGCUGGGGCCGACUCCACUGUGGCCGUGUCUCUGAUGGUGCUUCUUACCGCGCUCCUCGCCUCCCUGACAUGUCAAUAGUCAUCACGAAGGAGAAGUCUUGGUACGAGACUGAAUUUGCAUUUUUGUCCUCGUGAUUCAGCCUGUAGAGUGAAAUUUGGACUGUACGUAAUACCGACUUGCAUGUAUUGCGCAUGACUAAAUGAAGAUAAUUAGAACAGCGACAAGUCCAAUGUCGAGGCCCGUACGUUGGGGGUUCGAACGCUCAGAAAUUUAAAAAAAAAAAAAAAAUUGCCAAAAACAAAAACUGAUUUUGUUGACCCACCCCCAUCCCCCUACGAAUCUCACCUUCAGGUUGUAAACAGAAGUUGUGAGGGGUAGAAUCCAUACAGAGACCAGCAUGGGCGUCGCCAGGGUUUUUACUAGAGGGGGGCAAAACACACUUUCCCCCAAAAUCCCUGUGCUUUUCCAGCAAAUUUUCGAUUACCAUUUUUGAGGGGGGCAGAGACAUUCCCCCCCCCCCCAAUUAUUGAAUUAAUAGCAGUAUGACUCCCCAUUUUUUUUUUUUUUAAUUUUUUUUUGCUUUUGCUCCCCCCCCCCCAUGGAGACCAGAUUUCAAAGAAGUUCAAAUUAUAUAAGAAACCAGCCCCGAUCCCUUUUAUUGUCACUAUUUUGCAGCACAAAAGUGGAAUUGCACUGUGAUUUACAAUAAAAGGUAAAUUAAAUAUAAAAUAAACACAAUUCAAGAGAAAAUAAAACACAUUCAGAAUCCACAAAUACAAACCAUUGUUUCAAAAAAAUCAAGCUUAGAAAAAAGAGUUACAAAAAUGUAAAAAAAAAAAAAAAAAAUCGAUGUUGAUAUAUUGAUGAGUCUAAGUGAGAUUGGUAGCGGGCUAUUUCUAAAUCAUUUGUAUGAACCAAUAAUAUUCAUAGUGUGUGAUUGUUUUGAUUUAGGUGAACCACUCGUUAAAUAUUGCCUGAUUUAAAAAGGAUUUAAAAGUGUUGUUUGUACAAUAGUAACGCAGAUAGGUGAUGGGAUUGUGCCUUUGAUGAUACAUGCGUGGAAUUUGGCGCGCAAUUAUGUCAUGAAUA